GCAUCCAUUUACUGUGCACAGACUCAGCAGCAGAAGGGGGAGACGCAGAAGUGCUCCGAAGAUUUAGAUUAGAGCUCUGCGGCGGUACUGAACUGAAGCAUCUCCACGCUGGAAGGGACUCGCUGUGCCAGUCAUGCAAGAAACAUCAGCGCUGGAUUUAUCUAGCCAGGUUAUUUAUAGAGGAGGUGCUUUUGAGUGUGUGAAGACCGUCUGAGGAGCAUCACUGGAGCUUCGGUUGAUGAACACCAACGAACCACUCAAGAAACCGGCAACCCUCGUUCUCUUUGCCCACCGACACCUCCCUGGGUUUGGAAGAUGACCACCAUGCAGAAGCUGCUGCAGCUGCCAGUGAACGCCGUGAACAUCGUGAAGACGGUGCAGAGUCAGGUGCAAGGCCAGGAGGAAGCCAAGAGUCCGGUGCUGACCCCCGACAGCGGGCAGCAGACCUGGUACAACGCCCUACCGGAUGAGCUGCGCCACCUCCGGUCUCCUUCAGGUACAGGUGGAGGCGGAGGUGGAGACCAGGAGGAGCGGGCAACUCUGGAAGAAGGUGGCGGAGGAGGUGGUGGCAGUUUCCAGACUCAACCUCUGCGACACGACGACUUGAAAGAGAUGCUGGACAGCAACAAGGACUCCCUGAAGCUGGAAGCCAUGAAGCGGAUCGUGGCUAUGAUCGCUCGAGGCAAAAACGCGUCGGAUCUCUUCCCGGCCGUGGUGAAAAACGUGGCCUGCAAAAACAUCGAGGUAAAGAAGUUGGUCUAUGUGUAUUUGGUGCGCUACGCCGAGGAGCAGCAGGAUCUCGCUUUACUCUCCAUUUCCACUUUCCAGCGUGGCUUAAAGGAUCCAAACCAGCUCAUCAGAGCCAGUGCCCUGCGGGUCCUGUCCAGCAUUCGAGUGACAAUCAUCGUCCCCAUAAUGAUGCUAGCAAUCAAAGAAGCGGCGUCAGACAUGUCUCCAUACGUCAGGAAGACGGCUGCUCACGCCAUCCCCAAACUGUACAGUUUGGAUCCCGAACAGAAAGACCAGCUGAUAGAAGUCAUAGAGAAACUACUCGCAGACAAAACGACGUUGGUAGCAGGAAGUGUUGUGAUGGCCUUUGAGGAGGUUUGCCCGGAGCGCAUCGAUCUGAUCCACAAGAACUACAGGAAGCUGUGUAACCUCCUGAUCGACGUGGAGGAGUGGGGCCAGGUCGUCAUCAUCAACAUGUUGACCCGCUACGCCAGGACGCAGUUCCUGAACCCAAACAUCAAUGAAUCCCUGUUGGAGGAAGGAGGCGGCGGGGAAAAGACAUUCUACGCGUCAGAUGAGGACGAGGAUGAAGACGAGGAGAAGGAGAAGAAGGCCGAGGCCGUCACCAUGGCAAAGAGGAAGCCGUACGUGAUGGAUCCAGAUCACCGGCUGUUGCUGAGGAACACCAAGCCGCUCUUGCAGAGCCGCAACGCAGCUGUGGUGAUGGCCGUGGCUCAGUUGUACUUCCACCUCGCCCCCAAAGCAGAGAUCGGCGUGAUUGCCAAAGCACUGGUCCGUCUUCUUAGGAGCCACAGUGAAGUCCAGUAUGUUGUGCUUCAGAACGUGGCCACCAUGACCAUCAAAAGACGGGGCAUGUUUGAGCCGUACCUGAAGAGCUUCUACAUCCGCUCCACGGAUCCAACGCAGAUCAAAAUCCUGAAGCUGGAAGUUCUCACUAAUUUGGCAAAUGAGACAAACAUUUCGACUAUUCUCAGAGAAUUUCAGACCUACAUUAAAAGUAUGGAUAAGGAUUUCGUGGCUGCAACAAUCCAAGCCAUCGGCCGCUGCGCUACAAACAUCGGUGAGGUGAGGGACACCUGUCUGAACGGCCUGGUGCAGCUGCUGUCCAACCGAGACGAGCUGGUGGUGGCCGAGUCUGUGGUUGUUAUCAAGAAACUUCUGCAGAUGCAGCCAGAGAAGCACAGUGACAUCAUAAAGCACAUGGCCAAACUGACAGACAACAUUCAGGUGCCGAUGGCGCGGGCCAGCAUCCUGUGGCUGAUAGGAGAGUACUGUGAACACGUACCCAAGAUUGCUCCGGACGUCCUGAGGAAGAUGGCCAAGUCCUUCACCAACGAGGAGGACAUCGUCAAGCUGCAAAUCAUCAACUUGGCUGCCAAGCUGUACCUCACCAACUCCAAACAGACUAAGCUCUUGACUCAGUAUGUCCUCAACCUGGCAAAGUAUGACCAGAACUACGACAUCCGUGACCGGGCACGCUUCAUCCGUCAGCUCAUUGUUCCCACCGAGAAGAGCGGCGCUCUCAGCAAGUACGCUAAGAAGCUGUUCCUCGCCCUCAAACCAGCUCCGGUCCUCGAGUCUCCUUUUAAAGAUCGAGACCACUUCCAGCUGGGCUCACUGUCCCAUCUGCUUAAUGCCAAAGCGGGGGGCUACCAGGAGUUGCCUGACUGGCCCGAAGCCGCCCCUGACCCCUCCGUGCGCAACGUGGAGGUUUUUGCGCUGCUUGAAAGAGUCACAACACUAACGAGUGUGCCCGAAUGGACCAAAUGCAGCAGCCGGGAGAAGAGAAAGGAGAAGAAAGUGGAGAAGCCCUUCUACUCCGACUCAGAAGGCGAAUCCGGGCCCACAGAGUCGGCUGACAGUGAGUCGGACUCCGGCAGCGGCUCGGAAAGCGGCAGCGGUAGCGAGGACAGCCGGUCGGGGUCAGAGAGCGAUGAAAGCAAGGAGGCCUCAGAGUCUGAGGAGGAAGAGGAGGAGGAGGAAGAGGACUUGAAGAAGAAGAAGAAGAAGAAAAAUGAGGAGAAACAGCUAAAAAAGCCCGUCCAAGAAAGUGAAAGCGAACAGAGCAGCGAGGAAGAGGUCCGGAAGCCCGAGAGGAAGAGUAAGCAGAACAAGAGCGAGUCCGAGUCGGAAUCCGACGAGGAUGAGGAAAGCGAGUCGGAGAGCAGCGAGUCCGAGUCUGAAGACUCUGAAGACUCGGAGGCAGAGCUGAAAAAGAAGAAGAAGGUGGCUCCGCCCAAACCUGCUUUCAAAGCGGCCAAGAAAGAGAACAAGAAGGAGAAGAAAGAAAUGUCUUUGCUGGAUCUCGACGACUUUGAACCGGCUCCAUCUCCUCAAGUCACGCCCGUCAACACCUUCCUGUCCAACAGCCUGGUGACCGACCUGGAGGGGCUGUCCCUGUCGGAUGCCGCUCUCAUGCCAGCCACCAUCGCCCCCUCCAGCGCGCUGAAGAGCUACGAGCUGCUGCACCGCAUCACGGGGGAGGGGCUGUCCGUGGAGUACUGCUUCAGCCGGCAGCCGUUCAGCCCUGACGCCAACAUGGUGGCGGUGCAGAUGCACUUCACCAACAACUCCACCUCCGACACCAAGAGCCUGCACAUGGAGGACGUGAAGCUGCAGUCGGGGAUGAGGGUCAAAGAGUUCCCAGAGAUCGAGUUGCUGCCAGCGGGCGAGACGGCCACGGCGGUGAUGGGCAUCGACUUUUGUGAUUCAACACAAGCUGCAAACUUCCAGCUGUGCACUCACACCAGGAAGUUCUUCGUGUCGAUCCAGCCGCCGGUUGGAGAGCUGAUGAGGCCUUUCUUCAUGACGGAAAACGAGUUCAAAAAAGAGCAAGGUCAGCUGAUGGGCAUGAACGAAAUCACAGAGAAGCUAACUCUGGACGUGAAGUGCCGUAACGAACACACCAUCGUGCAGAAGGUCACCACCGCCGCCAACCUCAGCCGAGUGCCCUGCGGCUCAGACAAAGAAUGCAGUACUCCUCCUCCUCCUCCUCCUCCUAAACACCCUAUCUACAGGUUUGCAGGCAGGACGGUGACGAGCAGCAGCUUGGUGCUGGUCACCGUGGCAACCAAAGACGAAGGCGCCGCUCAGCUGACGGUCAACUGCGAGAAGAUGGUGAUCGGCACCAUGCUGGUGAAGGACAUCCUCUUGGCCCUGACGCAGUGACAGGAAGCUCAGCCUCCCAUUCACGAGUCACCGCCGUAGCAUCUCCAAAACACCCCCCAAAAAAUAAUCCAACACUUUUCUUUGAGAAAGCAGGCUAUAUUUGUCUCCCUGAUGGGUAUUUUUAGAAAUAAAUCAUCCUAAAAACAGCAGUUUGAAGUCAUAUCAUGCGUCAUAGCUACUCAUCCACUGAAUCAAGACGAUCAGAGGCGAUGUCCUCGUCUGCCGUUCACUUGACAGUAUUCUAAUCCAAACUCAAAUACCUCGUUUGUUCUGGAAGUGAGCAGCCCCAUGAAGGUGUGAACACCAACAGACAGCAACCACUUUCCUCUUCAGAAAGAGCAGAUACAAGAGGAUCAGGUCAGAGUUACUUUUUGCAGAUUUCUGCUUCACCUUAAACAGAAAUGUAAUCAAGACUCCCAAAACUCCAGUCCCACCUGUAGGUGGAUCUUCACACUUUAGCUCCAUAAAUGUUUAUGACUUAAUGAGAUUCAUUUCUCCUUUCCAGCAAAUGAGGCUUCAUUCAGAUCUGAUGUGAAUCAUUUCUUUGUUGGCCAUUUUGACUCAUCAACCGUUGGAAUAUGUAGCAGUCAGAGGAGAGCAAAAACUUCCAGUUUCAGGGGGGAACCGUUAAAAGAGAAGCACGCUUCCCAGAAAAGCGUCACUUUCCAAAGCUACAAUCACAUCUGCUCAGUUUUUGGUUUUAUUUUGUUUGUUUUUUGUGCGUGUGUUGUGGCUUUCAGAUAUCCAGAGUAUCACUCUGUGUGUGAUUGAAAUGUAACCCUGAGGUAUGACAAGUUUAUUUAUUGUACAAAUAAAAACUACAAAGUAAAGAAAG